AUGGAGCUCACCAACCCGUUUCAAAGAGGUCCAAAGCUAGGUCCAAGCGGACGUUUCAUCCACGCAGUCAGAGGAAGUGCAGGCAAUGCCGAGGGUAAGAAGCUCCCUGAGAGCCCCCAUGUUCUGCUGCUGUGUCGGGAGAACUUAGCUCUGCAGCUAGCUCAGCCGGGUUCACCGCUCGCUGCUGUGAUACCCCUGGGAGCAGCUGACCUGGAGCAUCCAAGAGAGUCUGAGAAUCAGGACUAUGACUUCCUGGAAGGCUUCUACAGAAGUUAUGGAAGCUUCAUCCCACUCCAUCAGAGUGACGUGUUGAGACAUCUGAAUAGGAAGUUUAACUCUAAUUUCAAUGACAGGAAAAACUUGAUCUUCUCUGUAGUCGACAAAUACCGAACUGCAAUCAUCAAGACAUCUGCCUCCCUUUUCCAAGUCGUCCACAAGAAGCACAUUCUGAGUCUGGAGGACUUGUUGACGCUGGCUGAUGAGCACUGGCUCAAUGACCAGGUCAUGAACAUGUAUGGAGAGUUGAUCAUGGAGUCGUCCCAUCACAAGGUCCAUUUUCUCAACAGUUUCUUCCACCGGCAGCUCAUGACCAAAGGUUAUGAUGGUGUGAGGCGAUGGACGAAGCAGGUAGACUUAUUUUCUAAGCGUCUUCUUCUGGUGCCCAUCCACCUGGAGGUUCACUGGUGUCUGGUUACAGCUGACAUUUCCACUAAGAAAAUCUGUCUUUAUGAUUCUCAAGGGCAUUUGCUCCAGAAGGUUGCAAGGAACAUCCUGAAGUACUUGAUGUCGGAAGCAAAAGAGAAGAAACAAGCUGCUUUUGAAGAUGGCUGGACAGUCUCAUCUGAUGAGAAUAUCCCACAACAAGCCAACGAGAAUGACUGUGGAGUUUUUGUCUUAGAGUACUCUAGAUGCCUGGCUCUGUCGAGACCGUUCCAAUUUUCUCAACAGGACAUCCCAAAGAUACGAAAACGGAUCUAUAAAGAGCUCUGUGACUGUAAGCUUCAUGAACAGGACUGACGAGGCUGUUGGAGGUGGAGGUGAUGGUACAAGCACCUUCUGAUCAGUUGAUGAGCAACCUUACAUGUCUGAGGUUGGCCCUCCAUGUGAGGCUUUAGUUUUUCACAGCUGCUGUCAAAUCCAUAAUUCUUGUAAGAUAUCAGUAUUUAUGUGAUCACUAGUUGAUCAGAAGCAUCUCUGAGGUACACCAGAAAGCCUUAGUCUGUCAUGGCCUUCCUGUAUAUCCUCUGUUUUAUCUGUUAAUACCUCACUUGCAGUUUGACAAGCUUGAUUUCUGUUUAGGUCGUUAGGUCUUAAUCUGGUUCAAAAAAUGUAUCUUGUUGAAGCUUUGUCUUUCAACCCGAAAUGAUUAUAAAGUUUUACAAACAA